GCAACCUCAUAGCGACAGCACAGUGAGAGGGUGGUCCUCGUGUUUUGUUGUCUGUAACUCGAAAAUAAAAGUAAAUGUCUUACACUAAGUUCGCAGCGGCCCUUGUUAGGGCGAACCCGGGCAAUGUGAGGAAUGUACGCAUAUCACCGGGAAGAUGUCGAUCAACAGUGGCAUCCACCAAGAGCAAAGAAGAGACACAUCAACAGAUCGAUGGCUGCAGCGUGGUGGAAGCCGAGCCAGUGGAACUCAUCAGCCAUGUCAAAAAGACACUGUUAAAUAAAAUUAGCAUCGACUUCGACAACACACAGGAAGCCUACAGAAGCAAAGGAAAUAUUGAACUGCUUCGAAGUCUGCUGGUCUUCAAGCUCUGCACUAUUGAUGUCCUUGUUGAAAAGAACAAAGAGUUGAUGGACCUGACUAGGAAGGUGUUUGGUCAGUGGAUGUUUGAGAAAAUGAUGAAGCUGACCUUCUAUGGUCAGUUUGUGGCAGGGGAAGACCACAACUCCAUCAAACCUUUAAUCAGGAAGAACCAGGCUUUUGGUGUUGGGGCAGUUUUGGACUAUAGUGUUGAAGAGGACUUGACACAAGAGGAGGCAGAGAAGAAGGAAAUGGAUUCAUGUGUUUCUGAAGCAGAGAAAGAGAGUCCAGGAGCGAAUCAUCGCGAAAAGAAAUACCAAGCCCAUCGUCAGUUUGGGGACAGGCGUGGAGGAGUCACUAGUGCUCGUACCUACUUCUAUGCAGAUGAAUCCAAAUGUGACAACCAAAUGGAGACAUUCAUUAACUGCAUUAAAGCCUCUGGAGGAGCCUCAACAGAUGGAUUUUCUGCCAUCAAAAUGACCGCUCUUGGACGGCCACAGUUCCUUCUCCAGUUUUCCGAAGUCCUGGUUAAAUGGAGGCAAUUCUUUAAAGUCCUCUCAGCACAACAAGGAAAAUCUGACAUGAAUGUUUUGGAACAAAAGCUGGAGCUGGAACAACUCAAGGAAAGUUUGAUUAAAAUGGGUGUUGGAGCCAAGGACGACAUAGAGAACUGGAUAACUGGAGAGAAGCUGGGUUUGUCAGGAACAAUGGACCUUUUGGACUGGAACAGUUUGAUAAGCGAUACAACAGCAAUCUCCAAUCUGCUUAUGGUGCCAAACCUAGAGACAGGCCAUCUGGAACCUUUAAUGAAAAAGUUUACAGCUGAGGAGGAGAGGCAGAUGAAGAGAAUGCUGCAGAGAGUGGAUGUUCUAGCAAAGCAUGCCAUGGAGAACGGGGUCAGGCUGAUGGUGGACGCGGAGCAGACGUACUUCCAACCUGCUAUUAGUCGUUUGGCGCUGGAAAUGCAGAGGAAAUUCAACAGAGAGAAGCCCAUCAUUUUUAACACUUACCAGUGUUACCUCAAGGACGCCUAUGACAAUGUAACAGUGGAUGUUGAGCUUUCUCGACGGGAGGGCUGGUACUUUGGUGCCAAACUGGUCCGUGGAGCCUACAUGUACCAAGAGAGAGACCGGGCCCAAGAGAUCGGCUACGAAGACCCGAUAAACCCCGACUAUGAGGCCACCAACAGGAUGUAUCACAAGUGUUUGGAGUAUGUGCUGGAGGAGAUCGAUCACACCAGGAAAGCAAAUGUCAUGGUGGCAACUCACAAUGAGGACACGGUGAAAUACACCCUUGAAAAAAUAUAUGAAUGAGGAUGGGCCCCUUUCUCCGGCCGAGAACAAGCGU